AUGUCCAAGAGAAACAAGCCAGCUCAUCCCGAGCAGAAGCACCCCAGCACCAAACGGGCCAAAGAGAUCGAUGCCCAUACUCCUUAUGAAGAACUGGGGCGUCUCCUUGCAGACCAGGAGCACCCCCGUGACACCAGGAGAGUCCUGCAUUGGUUCCGGAGCAAGGACCUUCGCGUCCACGACAAUCGUGCCUUGAACGCCGCCUCUCAGCUGGCAAAAGGGUCGCAGGCUCCUUUGCUGUGUGUGUACGUCAAUUGUCCAGCCGAAUUCCGUUGGCAUGGCACUUCACCAGCCAGGACGGACUUCAUCUUCGAAAACCUUGCGCUUAUGAAAGCUGAGCUGGCAGCAUUGGAUAUUCCAUUGGCCUUCCUGGAAGCCAGUGAACGUGACGAGAUCGUUCCGACGAUUGUCAACUUCAUUCGCGAAAACGAUAUCUCGCAUGUGUACGCAAACUACGAGUACGAAAUCGAUGAGUUGCGCCGCGACAUUGGAGUCUUCAAGGAGGCCACUGCCGAAAACUCCAGGUCCCAGGGAUUCCAUCUGUCCCUGCACCAUGACCAGACGGUAGUGGAGCCAGGCACCAUACUCACAGACAGUGGGAAGGCGAUGAAAGUCUUCACGCCAUACCACAGGGCGUGGCUUGCUGAAGUCAAGGCAAAUCCAAGUCUUCUCGACACGGUUCCCGCGCCUUCGAAGAAUUCCACCGAAGCAAAGAAAGAACUGAAGCAGUUCUUUGACAGCCCUGUUCCCAGCCCACCCAAGGAAAAGCAAUUUGCUUCCGAUGAGGAGAGGGAACGAAUUCGUAAGCUCUGGCCGGCAGGCCACGACGCUGCCGUGAAGCGACUCAAUCACUUCCUUGAUGACAAGAUCGCCGACUAUGCGGCAACGCGCUCCAAUCCGGCAAAAGACUCUACGUCCCGGCUCUCAGCAUACUUCAGCGCCGGUGUCCUCUCCGUCCGAGAAACCCUCAGCGCGGUGAGCCAGCGGAAUAACAACUCGACUGAUUUCUCCAAGGAAGGCUGCGACCCAGGCAUGUCUGGAUGGGUGCGCGAAAUCGUCUUCAGAGAGCUGUAUCGACAGACCCUGCUCCAGACGCCUCACACGUCCAUGAAUCUUCCGCAGAAUCUCAAAUUCGACUUUGUGGACUGGGAGGAAGAUGAGGAAGGAUACAAGCGCUGGGAGGAGGGCAAAUUGGGUGUUCCUUUCGUGGACGCUGGUAUGCGGCAAAUCAAACACGAAGCCUACAUGCACAACCGCCUGCGCAUGAAUGUCUCGAGCUACUUGUAUUGUAAUCUGCUCAUCGACUAUCGACGGGGAGAGCGAUAUUUUGCAGAGACGUUGAUCGAUUGGGAUCUCAGCAACAACACGCAAGGUUGGGAACCCAGCUACACCGUGUUCAACCCUGUCAGCCAGGCCGAGAAGAAUGAUCCUGAGGGUGAGUACAUCCGCAAGUGGAUCCCGGAGUUGAAGGAUGUCAAGGGAAAGGCCAUCUUCGAUCCGUACCACCGUUUGGACAAGCAGGAGUUUGAGAAACUGGGGUACUUCAAACCAUAUGUCGACUGGCAAAAGACCAAGCAGAGGGCGAUCGAAAGGUUCAAAUCGAACAUGAGGGACGCUGAUCCUUAA